AUGGGUUCCGGCGACCUGAACAUGAAAAAAAGCUGGCAUCCCCAGCGAUCGGGGAAUGUUGCAGCCACCCAACGCGCCGAAGCCGAGGCGCUCGCCGAGCGCAAGAAGCUCCAGCAACGCCUGCAAGAAAUCGAGGAAGAGCGCCGCCGCGAAGAAAUUCAAAAGGCCCUUGAAGCAGCCGGCGGCAAACCGCGGCCGCAGCGUGUUGAGUGGAUGUAUCAGGGCCCAUCAGACCACCCGGGUGGUGAUGCGACAGAGAAUGAAGCUUAUUUGUUGGGGAAAAGGAGGAUUGAUAAGCUGUUACAGGAUAACGAGCUGAAGCAGUUGAGCAAGCAGGGCGCGCAGGAUGGGGCAAGCAAUGUGCCUGCGUCUGGGGCGGGGGCUACUAAUGCGAGGGAUCUGGCGGCGAAGUUGAGGGAAGAUCCAUUGCUCGCGAUUAAGAGGAAGGAGCAGGAGGCGUAUCAAGCGAUGAUGAAUGAUCCGAUUAAGAGGAGGCAGCUGUUAAAGAGUAUGGGGAUUGAUGAUGCGAAGCUGAAGGAGGAGAAGAGGAGCAGUAGACAUCAUCGUGAGGGACGGCAUAGGUCGCAUCGACAUGAGGGUGAUCGCGAUGGGGAGAGGCAUUCACGGCGGCGGAGGUCCCGCGAGAGGUCGCGCUCGCGCAGUCCAAGACGGUAUUAUGAUUCAGAGGACGACCGGCGCAGGAGCAGGCGCGACUCGCGCGAGCGCAGACGCGACAGGUCAGAGUCGUCCGAGUCCCGCGACAGACGGGACCGGCGCGACCGUGACAGGAAGGACGGUAGAUCAGAUAGAUACGGCGGUGACCGGCGGGACCGGUCCAUCUCAAGGUCACCUCCUAGGCGCAGGGACUAUUCCCCUGACCAUGACCGUGACCGGAGGAGACGCGGCUCUCCUAGACGUGACUCCCCCACUCGAGACACCCGCAGAAGAGACGAUCACUCCCCCGACGACCGCGACCGUGAUCGUCGCAGACGGAACUCACCCUCUCCUCGACACCCCGACUCAGAUACCUACCGCAACGGCAAUCAUCGCUCGCGCCGCGACCGGUCCCGCGACUGCUGCCCACCUCCUCAAUCUAAAUCACCUGACGAAGAAGAGCGCGCUCGCAAGCUUGCUGCCAUGCAGGUUGCCGCCAGCGAUCUGGAUGCAGACCGGCAGCGGCGGCUGGCCAUGAUUGAGGAGCAGGAGCGGGCGGAGAGGGAGAAGGAGGAGAAACUACGAGAACAGAGCAGAAAGUAUGGCGGGGAUUUAGGUUUUAUGAGCCGGCUGCAUAGUCGGGCGGCGGAGUUGAAGGUUGCUGACCGGGUUGGGAAGAGGUAG